UUCUCACUCUGCACACCAGUUUUCUAUCACCGAUCCACCGCCGCCAACCUCCAAAUCGGCCGCCGCUCGAAGAAUUCCGACCAAUCCGAUCGCUGAGCAGGCCGUCCCAAACCAAGAGAGAACCAGCCAUGAUGUUCUCGAGCCAGAUCGACGCCUUCUCCCCCUCGCAGUUCACCCCGUCGCAGAACGCCGGCGCCGACUCCACCACCCCUUCCAAGUUCCGGGGCGCGUCGGGCACGACGCCGCUGACCGUGAAGCAGAUCGUGGACGCGCAGCUGGCCGGCGCCGGCGAGAAAGGAGCGCCCUUCGCCGUCGACGGCGUCGAGACCGCCAACAUCAGGCUCGUGGGGACGGUGAGCGGGAAGGCGGAGAGGGCGACGGACGUGUCCUUCACGCUAGACGACGGCACCGGCCGGCUCGACUUCAUCAGAUGGGUGAACGAUGCUGCAGAUUCUGCUGAAACUGCCGCUAUCCAGAAUGGCAUGUAUGUUUCUGUCAUCGGUACCCUCAAGGGACUCCAGGACAAAAAGCGUGCUACUGCUUUCUGUGUCAGACCUGUAACUGAUUAUAAUGAGGUCACACUGCAUUUCAUUCAGUGUGUACGUAUGCAUAUCGAGAACACAAAAUCAAAGGUUGGCAGUCCUGCACACACCAUUUCUGCAAUGGGAACCCCAUUCUCCAAUAGUCCCAGCGAAGCAAGUACUCCGACCUCUUUGAAAUCGAACCCGGCGCCAGUGGCCAGUGGAACCAAUGUAUCGGGGGCUGAUUUGUAUGCGCAGGUGCUGAAUAUUUUCAAUGAACCAGCAAGCAUUGCAAGUGAUCAUGGUGUGCAUAUUGAUGAAAUUGCCAAACGACUCAGACUGCCAGCAAGCAAGAUCCAGGAAGUUAUCGAUUACCAUGUUGAUGGCGGGCACAUCUACUCAACGAUCGAUGAUUUCCACUACAAGUCUGCAUUCAUCGACUGAGUUUGUAACUGAGUGUUGCAUCCUUAGCUCCUUAGGUAGCCCUGAAGGAACCUUCGUGCUGAAGUUUGAGGAACAUGACGCCUCUUUAGCAUAACUGUGAUGAAGAUGCUCAGGGCAUAAUACUUCAAAUUCCUGUGGAACAUGAAUGUAUGAGGUUUGAAGUGAUGUGCUUCAUCUAGGCAAACUGGGAUCAUUAUCUUUCA